CGUAGUUUACUAUAGAUAUCGGUGAUACGAAGGGGCGUUCACUCUUCCAGAGGAAGUAGCAUAUCAGUAGAAGCCCAGCAGCCGUUUGAACAGCACAUACAAUGCAUUUGAGGCUAGUAUUUCUUCUGCUCCUAAUCGCCUACUUGCAAUGUACGCAUGCUUGUGAGCCGAGCCAAUCUCAAAAUGGCUGCAAAAUGAACGGAUCAUCCUGCAUGUGUGGAUAUGGCUGCAAAACUGAGUACAUUUACAAAUCACGACGUUUUUGUCUAAAUGCACUACGAGAAAGGAGUUCAAAUGUAUGUGCUCGGAUGCCUUGCGUUCGGGGGAACUGCAUACAAACUGUACUGGACCCUGGCUUUACUUGCAAGUGUGAAGGCACUGGCUUCUACGGGCAAAGGUGUGAGAGAGCAUGUCCAACAGACCAAUCACGGGGAUUGGUAUUUCCACACGAAUGCAUUGUUAUUUAGUGGAACCACACAGCUAAGGAUACAUGUACCUUAUAAUUUAUUUUCAUGGUAUUACCAUUAUAUACUGUAUCACUGUACCAUUCUGUAAAAAAGUUAUUAAAAUAAACGCAUCGUUACUGUGUUGUA